AUGGCGGCAAUCUUGGACCCCUCCAGCUCGACCGCAACCACGAUUACUCUUCGCAAACGCAAACACCGCGACUCUCUUGUGCUACAUCUGUCUUCCCCUUCUCCGAGCUGUGAGAAUGACCCUACAUGCACCGAGUCCGAGUAUGAUCCUGGACAGACCUCAGACGUCCCUCUCGCAACGCUUCGUCUAGAAACGCCGAAAGGCCAAAGGCGCCACGCAUGCAGCUUCGACGGGUGUACGAAGUCAUACUCAAAGCCGUCCAGACUAGCUGAGCAUGAGCGCUCGCAUACUGGAGACCGACCAUUUGUGUGCACAGUUUGCAAUAAAUCUUAUCUGCGCGAGACCCACCUCCAGGCGCACGCGCGGACACACCUACCCAGUUCUGCCAGACCCGUUGCCUGUGAGGAAGCGGGCUGUGGGAAGCGGUUCUGGACAUCCCAGCAUCUCCGAGUACAUAGCGAGCUCCAUAAUGGCGAGAAGCCCUUCAAGUGCAAUGAGGUUGAAUGUGGGGCCGCUUUCCUGAAACACCACCAACUCCGAGAACACAUAUCCAAGGCGCAUGCCCCACCUGGAACCAAACCUUAUCGCUGCCAACAACCGGACUGCACGAAGUCGUUUACUACGAACCAGAAAUUGACCGCGCAUGCGAAAACGCACGAUGCUAAACGCUACACUUGCGUUCACAAAUCCUGUCUUCCCAUCGAGGGUGUAGAGCCAGUAUAUUACCCGACAUGGUCGGCGUUGCAGCAUCACGCGCGCACCGCACACCCUCCAACAUGCCCACAUCCUUCGUGCAACGACAAAACGUUCUCGCAACAGAAGGGUCUUCGUGCACACCUCAAAAUCCACGCCCAACGUGACCAAGAGGGCGACUUGGACGACGCCGUCGGAGGCUGCGAGUCCGAAGGCGAGGAACGUCCGCGUAAACGGCGGCGCGGCGGGGAAGUCGGGAGAGAUUGGGUAUGCGAUGUCGAUGGGUGUUCGAAGGACUUCAAAUCCAAAAAGGCGCUGACGACACACCACAACAUCGCGCAUCUCGGACGACGAGACUUUGUCUGCCCGCACGCGCAAUGUGGACGCGCUUUUGGGUACAAGCACCUGCUGCAGCGACAUCUCACUAAGCUCCACGCCCCUGAUAGCUCCUCCGAGUCGGCGGAAGAGAGCGGCAACGGCUCAGGCUCAGGCUCGGAAAGCGAGUCCCACGUCGACGAACCCUCAAACUCUAGAGACGGCAUGGAGAUCGAUUUCAUCACAGGAAGCGCGUAUGCUGCUCGUGCCCAGGAAUCGAUCAAGCAGGCUACCAAGCUGCAAUGUCCGUUUCCGCACCUACCCUCGCUUUUGUCCCCGAAGGAAGCGACCGAGGAAGACGGACGCUUGGUUCCCAUGGCAUUGAGCAGCAAGAGACAGACUACCUGCCAGUACGUCUUCAGCCGUGCGUACGACCUGCGCCGGCAUCUUCGCGCCGAGCAUGACAUCAGUAGCGAGAGGGAGAAGGUGGAUGAGUGGGUACGUCUCCAGAAGGCUAGGGCUGCUGUCCACUGUGCUUUGUAA